AUGAACACAACAAGUCGGUUCAGAAUUGGGGUGUUUGGCGCCUCGGGAGUUGGCAAAACAACCUUCAUCCACCAGUAUAUAUUUGGCCGAGUUCUUGAUGCGCACCGAUACGCGGUCCAUUAUAGCAAAUUGGUCGAGCUCGAGACUGAAUCGAUUAUGGUGGAGAUUAUCGAGACCAAGAGCGACCCUUCUUGGAUUCCCGACUGCGACGCCGUGAUAUUCGUCUUCAGUUCUAUGUCCGUGCCAACCUUCAGUUUUAUCCAAGAGUACGCCAACCGCCGAAGGGGCCUCGUUGCCUUAGUUGCGACCAUGUCGGACGGCAAUCCGCACUCGACUUCGUACGAGGAUGGUUUCAACCAGGCCUUACAGAUUGGAGCUGGCUACUUUUAUUUUUCGGCCUUCCGUCCUUAUAGCGCCCGAGAGCCAUUCAACUUCCUACUUGGCCGAUUCGUUGUCAAUCAUCCGGCGCCGACACUGGUCCAAGAGCUGCCUCUCAACUUCUUAAACCGGGUGCGCAUAAAGGCCAGGCAGGUGCUUCGCAGAAGAUUCGGCAAGUAUCUCCCGAUAGCGGGUUACUUCGAUUCCUAG